CGGGAUUAAAAUCACUGAUACCAGGAGGAGUUGCCUGUUUUGGUGCUCAUUACCGAAGCUGGGCCCACAGAAGCUGUCCUUUGCAUACUGCAUUUCCAUCUGCCAGUUCACGGCCGGAGAUAUUUCCAUCUAUGCUGUAAUCCCACGUAUGCUCCUGUUUAUCAUGCCUGGGUACUGACAGGCUGCGGGACACAAUGAGGACUGGUAUCCGUGUCAUCGCGCAGCCUGGAGCUGUCUGGCCUCAGCACGUUAGCAAGCUAACCAAUUUUUUCUAAGCAGAAGCCCUGCAUUGCUUCGACAUGCUAAAGGAUUUCAUGAACAACACACGGGAGGUUUCCUCCGACUUGACUGGAAUACUGCGCACGGAAGUGCAGCGAGGAAUCGUCAAGGUUUCCGACGACCGCAAGAAGCAGAGGAUCCACAGGGCGUCUGUUGCUGUCUGACAGCCCCUACCAAACAUGGCUUUACGGCUGCUUUUACAGGAUAUUACUGCCUCAGAUUUCUAACAUAUAAACAGGAGAUACGAGUUGACAGCAUACGCAUCAUAAAGUGUUUGAAUGGCGGCGUACACACUGUGUGCUGUGAAUGGGACUAGGCGCUUACUGGCCACCGGCACAGGUUGUGUGAAAAGCACCGAGAUAUGACAUGCACAAGAAAAAAGAGGAAAGCUGCUUUUGCUUCUUUAAACCUUUUGAUUUUUAAAGGCUAGAAGCCAGGUGCAUCACCGUAUUUCAUGUAGACUGCAACAGACGUCUGGACAAGCAACCCACGGCAGGACCCGUGUGAGGAUUAAGAGGCAAGAGGAGAGGUCACAACAACGAAGGGACUUUGCUCGAAAUGGAGCAAUGUGGGGAGGUGGUGGUGGAGUGGUGACUUUGUUGUCCAAAAAAAAGGUGUUAUGGGUGGGGGGGCAUUUGGGAUGGCAAAUGGAAAUGAGAGCAGUGAAGGGCCUGUGGGGCCAAUGGCAGCAGUGGUGGCUACUGCAGAAGGCAUGGUAGCAGACAGUUCAUCCUCCGUUAUCUCUACGUAUAUUAAACUGGUGCUACUUGGGCUGAUCAUAUGCAUUAGUCUGGUGGGGAACUUGGUGGUUUCUCUGCUUGUACUCCGGGACCAGGCUCUGCAUAAGGCACCUUACUAUUUCCUCCUGGAUCUGUGCCUGGCAGACAGCAUUCGCUCAGCUAUCUGCUUCCCCUUUGUGCUGGUGUCUAUAAAAAAUGGCUCAGCGUGGACCUACAGUGUGCUCAGCUGCAAGGUGGUAGCCUUCAUGGCAGUGCUCUUCUGCUUCCAUGCUGCCUUCAUGCUCUUCUGCAUCAGUGUAACACGCUACAUGGCCAUUGCACACCACCGUUUUUACUCGAAGCGCAUGACAUUCUGGACAUGUGUGGCGGUAGUGUGCAUGGUAUGGACGCUAUCUGUGGCAAUGGCAUUCCCGCCUGUUUUUGAUGUGGGCACCUAUAAAUUCAUUCGUGAGGAGGACCAGUGCAUUUUUGAGCAUCGCUACUUCAAGGCUAAUGACACACUGGGCUUCAUGCUAAUGCUUGCUGUACUCAUUCUAGCCACACAUGUCGUCUACAUGAAGUUACUUCUCUUUGAGUACAAGCACCGCAAGAUGAAGCCAGUCCAGAUGGUGCCAGCUAUCAGUCAGAAUUGGACCUUUCAUGGGCCAGGAGCUACAGGCCAAGCAGCUGCUAACUGGAUUGCGGGUUUUGGUAGGGGCCCGAUGCCACCCACUCUGCUGGGAAUACGGCAAAACUUGCACAACCAGAACCGGCGACUCUUAGGCAUGGAGGAGUUUAAAGCAGAGAAGCAGCUUGGCAGGAUGUUCUAUGUGAUCACAUUACUGUUCCUGGUGCUCUGGUCUCCCUACAUAGUAGCUUGCUACUGGAGGGUGUUUGUCAAGGCUUGCACAAUACCACACCGGUACCUCUCCACCACUGUGUGGAUGAGUUUUGCCCAAGCAGGGGUCAAUCCUAUCGUCUGCUUCUUCCUUAAUAAAGACUUGAAGAAAGGGCUCCUUUCCCACCUACCAGCCUGCUGCAGGACUAAACCUCAUCUGCCACGAGAGCCUUACUGUGUCAUGUAACUAGAGAUGAUGAAGAAAAAAAACAAUGGGCAGCCUACAGAUGUAUUGUAUAUUGUGCUUGAGUUAUUGUGGCAUUUGAUGCAAUGGAAGGUAUUUUUAAGCAGUGAGUGGCAACUUGUGAGUGUAGUGUUAAAACACUGGAAUGGUAAGCAUGUAUUUCCAUCUGUCAACCAAUUUUCACUCUAAAUUCAACAGCAUACAUGAGGUCAGAUCUUGACUUUCGAUAACAGGAGAAACAUACAUGUAAAUAAUAUGCAGUCACUGGGAAAACCAAGACAGACAAAUAAACUAAGCUUAAGAUUUAAAAAAAAAUGCCAUUUAGAAAAGUCUUGAAUACAAAGGAUGUUGGGCUUGUGACAAACAGAAUCCUAAAGGACGUAAUAAAUCCGCUUUUAGUCGGAAUCUUAAUGUCAUCAUUAUACUGGAAUAACUGAUGAUUGUCCAGCAGCAGUGGCUGAUGAGAGUAAAAAAGUGCUCAGCUAGAUUCAAACCAGCAUUCGUGUUGACUCACCAGUUUUAUUAGAAUGUCAGUUUUAGUUCACAACAACAUAAAGUUUCCAGAAAUACAAACGUUAGUUCAAGAAAAGAUGUGGAAGGUUGUUUAAUGCAUUUAGCUGGUGAUUACAUUGUUGCUGAGUCAUAUUAAUCAAGUAUCAACAGGUCAUUUAUGAUCAAAUGGAGGUACAGUGGACCCCACAAACACCUUUUAGUGCCCCUGUAGUGGUACGGUACAUGGCACCGUUCACAACUGAAACAUUUUAGAUUGACUUAAAAACAUGAAUACAUAACAAACUGAGACUGGAGAAACCAAGAAUUGUUAUCCAAUCCUCACAACAAAAUGCCGUCACAUUAUAGGGUGUCGAUGUGUUUUCAAGUUUCAGUUUUGUGAUUUAACCAUCAGUGAGGACGCAUAAAGAUGACGAGGGUGUGCUGUUGAACACAGAUUUUAGCAGGACUUGUAAAAGUCAGAAUAAAGGGAGCUGCAGAAACAUGCUAACAGACUAAAAACCAAAGUAAAACAGGCGCUGCAGAGUAAAUGUACCGUAAAGAAUUGAUGCAGAAUCUCAAAGCAGACAGAAGGAUUUUCUUUCCUCAAACACACUGUUUGUUUGCUAGUCACUAAAGCAAACCUUCAAUCUGUGUUGCCUAAAACAUAUUCUCGUUGUUGCUCAUUAGCUCAACAGAAAAUGUGCAGUAGGGGAUGCUUUUCAAGCUUUGAACAUUUGCAGAUAGAACAAUUAUUUGUUUUUUCAUGUUUUGUUUUUUCCUAAGGACAAAUCUGAAGUUACAUCUGCAUCUGUUACUUGAGCAGCUUCACCUUCAUUUUAAAGCAGAAAGACGAUUAGCUUUACCAGGCAUAGCAACCCAGGAUUUUUUUAACCCUCAAGCGACCAAGCCAUUUCAGUUGGUAUUCUAAUGACCGAGUGUGCUAUCAGGAAUACUUUUUUAUGAUUUGUUUGUGUAUUUCACACUACUACUGUUUCCUUUAUCCAUGUUAGAUAUUCUGAAAUGCUCUGUUGUCAUCAAGUAUUGUUUUCAACCAUUUUUAUGCAAAAAAGAUUUAAAAUACAUGUUGUACAAACAAAAUGACA